ACUCGUUACUGCAAUUAUACCAUUACCAGAGGCUGUGAAAAGGGUGAGAGAUAGCGCCAGCCAUCAAUGGCGGGAAUCGAAAGAAGUAGCAGGCUUCAAGAGGCCGCCAUGGAAGGAAACGUAACAAUUUUGUUAGAAUUGCUCCAACAAGAUCCUCUGUUACUGGACCGAGUCAACGAUUUCACUGAGACUCCUCUGCACGUGGCUGCUCUUCUCGGGCACGUGAGUUUUGUGGACGAGCUUCUGAACCGGCGGCCUCAGCUGGCCGGAGAGUUGGAUUCCGGCGGAUCUUCGGCUCUCCACCUGGCGGCGGCCAAAGGGUUUGUGGAAAUAGUGAAGCGUUUGGUGGCGGUGGAUGCUAAUUUGUGCUUGUUGAGCGAUGGAGAUGGGCGGAACCCGGUUCAUGUUGCGGCCAUGAGAGGCCGGGUUGCGGUAUUGGCCGAGCUGGUCCGAGCCAGACCGGCUGCCGCUCGAACCGCCGUGGACGGCGGCGGAACGGUGUUGCAUUUGUGUGUCAAAUAUAACCAACUGGAGGCUCUCAGGAUUUUGGUUGAAACCGUGGCAGCUGCCGAUGACAGUUUCGUUAAUGCUAAGGAUGAUUAUGGCUUCACUGUCCUCCAUUUAGCGGUCUCCAUCAAACAGCUCCAGACAGUGCGAUAUCUAAUCAACGACACUGGAAUCGAAGUAAACGCUGUAAACUCAAAUGGGUUAACAGCUCUGGACAUUCUGACUCAAAGCCACAGAGAUUUAAAGGACAUGGACAUCGCCGCCGCCCUCACAUCCGCCGGAGCCAACAGAAGCAAAAAUGGAGAGUCGGAAAAUCAAAUCAAACCGAAACAGAGUAGCAGUCACGAGAACGAAAGCUGGCUUACGAGAAAGCGAGAGGCGUUGAUGGUGGUGGCAUCGCUGAUCGCAACGAUGGCUUUCCAGGCCGGAGUGAGCCCGCCGGGCGGCGUGUGGCAAGACGACAAGGCGUCGGGGAAGGAAAAUCACACGGCCGGAACGUCGAUAAUGGCCGGAAAAGACCCAUUGAAUUACAACCGGUAUGUUUCGUGGAACACGACGGGAUUCACGGCUUCGCUGAUUGUGAUUAUUCUGCUGUCCACUGGAUUGCCGUAUAGGAAUCCCAUUUUUCUGUGGGUUCUGAUUCUGAAGAUGUGGGUGGCGGUGAGUUCCAUGGGGAUUACUUAUGGAAUCUCCCUAAGAUUUUUCACUCCUGGAGUGUCGCAGCGAUUUAUUUAUGUGGCGUUUGCAGUUUUUGCUGCGGUGUGUCUUCUCCUGUUGGGAAAGAUUGUCCAGCUCAUUACUCGUCAGUUGAUGAAGCUUAACUACUCGUGUUUAUGUAGACGAAGAACCCCAGCUCCAGCUCCAGAUCCUUGAUGAAUUUUCUGGGUCUGGGAUAAUUAAUCUAGUGUUCAACGGGGUCCCUAAACUACUUUAGUUUGUAAUCAUUUAGUUCAUAUACUUUCAAAUUAUUCAUAAUUUAGUAGUUGAACUUUAGUACGUAA